AGAGAGGAGAGAGAUUCAGGUUGGCUUGGCUGUGAUGAAUACUAGGGUUUGUACGGCGAACACAACUCCUAUGGGAUAACGGAAUUCCUGCGCGCACACAAUUUGUGGUGGCUGUUGCAACGUAAAAAGUAGCUGCAAUGCAAUUAUAGCGACCACGAAAGACAUUGGCUCAUCAAUUUUAUUUUUGUAACAGUAUAUCGGUGCAAUUGAUGGUGUAGUGCUUGGGAUAUAGCGAUUUUUUUUUCAAUUGUACCAUUAAUCCACUACAUAGCACGUUGACUUGGAACAGACGCACUGCUCGAAAUGGAUAGCGAAAAGUAUUUGCCGGAGCUGAUGGCUGAGAAAGACACACUCGACCCAUCAUUUCAGCAUUCUUUACGGCUACUGGACCAUGAAAUCGAAAAAAUUCAGAAAGAUGAAGAAAAGGAGGAUGAGAAGUUCAUUGACGUCGUCAUCAACAAGAACAUGAAACUGGGGCAGAAAGUGUUAAUACCCGUCAAACAAUUUCCCAAAUUCAACUUUGUCGGCAAACUACUGGGGCCACGUGGGAACUCGUUAAAAAGACUACAGGAGGACACUCUGACAAAGAUGUCAAUUCUUGGAAAAGGAUCCAUGAGAGACAAAGAAAAGGAGGAAGAGCUACGGAAGAGUGGAGAGGCCAAAUAUCAUCACCUGAACGAAGACCUCCACGUCCUCAUCGAGGUGUUUGCGCCUCCGGCAGAGGCCUACGCCAGGAUGGGUCACGCUCUAGAAGAGAUCAAGAAGUUCCUCAUACCGGAUUACAAUGAUGAGAUAAGACAGGCCCAGUUGCAGGAGCUCACGUACCUGAAUGGCGGCUCAGAGGAUGCCAAGGUGCCAGCAGUGAGGGGCAAGCCAGUCGCCCGCGGACGAGGGACACCUGCUCCUGGCCCCCUUAGGAGUCGUGGAGGAGUGCCCCCUCCACAUGCAGCUGUACCCCGGGGAGCAGCGCCCAGAGGGGCUCCCCCCAGCCGGGCCCCCUCCACCAGGGGCAGAGGCGUACCCGCACAGAGGGCACGAGGGGCGCCCCCUCCAGCAGGCUACAGACCACCACCGCCCAUAGCGCAGGACACGUAUGGUGAAUAUGAUUAUGACGAUGGAUAUGGGACAGCUUACGAUGAUCAGGGCUAUGAAUCCUAUGACAACAACUACAGCAAUCAAGGACAAAACUCGGAAGACUAUUAUGAAUAUGGGCAUGUGGUAAGCGGAGAAUCCUAUGACUCAUACGGUCAGGACGAGUGGACUAACAAUCGCAGCAAGGCACCACCGGCACGGACAACUAAAGGAGUGUACAGAGAGCAGCCAUACAUCAGAUAUUGAACUGUUUGUACAACCUGAACAGUCCCACAUGGCCGUGUCUUUCUAAGUAAUGGAUUUUUUAUGGACGCUCCCCCCUUUUUAGAAUAUGUAUCACACAAAGCCAACUACUAACAAAGAGGAGAUGGUGAGAGUUAAGACCUUGAAUCAGCGUUAGAAGUUGGUUUUCAAAUUGAAGACCCUGGUAAUAUGACAUGACUGAAGGGCACAUAUACAGUACAGUAGGCGAUAUUGCCACCCUUUUGAGUAGAUUAUAAGUUUAAUCAUGCAUUAUAUGUGACGCUUCUCUUUCGACUGCAUAGCAACAUUUGAAUGACUCCGCAAAGGCAUUCAAGUAACAUGUUUCUAUAUCACAGCUGUAUGUACAGUAUGUAUAACAACAUGUUGAUGCAAUGUUGUAUUCGAGUCCUACAUUGUUGCUAAGAGGAGUAAGAGAAACGUUACAAAUAGUGCUGCUCUCAAAUCUCAGAGCCUGCUGUGAUUAAUCACUUUAAUGUGUUAGUGCUUAGCUCUAGAAAGGUGAAGUAUUGUAGAUAUUUUUUUCUGAGGGGUUGGUUAAUUGUUUCCCUUGUAAGAUAUACCUUUACAAUAAGAAUGCAGAAAGAUCACUGUAUACUUUGUUGUUUUCUCCUUUUGUAAAAUUAUAGUUAUUUUGUGUUAAAGGGCUUAUAAAAGCAUGGUGUGCAAACAUUGUGGAUAGUAUCAACUGUUUUCUCCUAACCUAAAACAUGUGUAGGUGUGAUCGUUUGCGUUCUAGUCGCCCACUCUAACCAUUCCAAUCUUAAAUCACAGGUCAUAUUUUAUGUAAGAUAUCUUCAGUCCAAACAUGUUGAUGAGCUUUAGAAUUCAUGAUUGAUGCUCUUCAUGCUCUUAACAAUGAUCAAUCUUUUAGUUUUAAACUUGAAAUGCUUUCAGUGUAAUUAUCAAGUUAUAUUGAAACAUCUAAUCAUUGCAAACUUGUUAAAGGUUCCCACCAGGUAACAGAAGUAGUGUAUAAGUACUGUAUAUUAACCUUUUCAGCUUAUGUAAGCCCUUUAAUAUUUUCUUCUUGGUUGAUGCAA